UGAAACUCCAUAAAUGCUCUCCUUGGAGGAGUUGCUCUAUGGACUUCAAAAGAAAGCGCACCCACUUUAGGCCUUCAUCAACCUUAGUGGAAUUGUCAAAGAUUCAUUCAACAUGCUCAACAACCAAAGAAAGACUUAUGUUAUAUGAGUAGCAGUCAUCAGAAGACGGAAUGAAAAGAAUAUGCGACAUGCAUGGGACACUUAUUGAUCCCUUUACUUGAACUAUAUAUAUAUGUAGGAGAGUAAGCCAACACAAAUAAUACUCCAACAACCAGUAAAAAAAAUUGGCAAUCAUUAACCACUAUAUAUAUGGAGGAGGAAGUUGUUGAAGUGAUGAAGAAGAGUAGCAGAGCCUCUCCGGCCAUGUCUUCUACUACUCAUGUGCAUUCUCCAUCCAUGGUGGAUUCGGCACCCAAAACUCCUAAAAGCCCGUUUGCAACUCGUUUUAUGAACACUCCCUUGGCCAGCCCCAUGAAGAAGGCCUUUGAAAACAUACACGGUUACUUGGAAGAAGUUGGGCGCUUCACUAAGCUUGACCAUCAAGAUGCCUGGCUUCCUAUCACCGAGUCGAGAAAGGGAAACGCAUACUAUGCUGCGUUUCACAUUCUCAGCUCGGGAAUUGGAUUCCAGGCCCUUGUUCUUCCCUUGGCCUUCACUAAUCUAGGAUGGAUUUGGGGAAUCAUAUGUUUGUGUGGGGCUUUCAUGUGGCAGCUCUACACGCUAUGGUUACUAAUUCAGCUCCACGAAUCGGAGAGUGGGGUGCGCCAUAGCAGGUACCUCAAGCUUGCAAUGGCAGCAUUUGGAGAGAAGCUAGGAAAAUUGCUGGCACUGUUCCCAAUCAUGUACCUAUCGGGUGGGACGUGUGUGACCCUCAUCAUGAUCGGAGGUGGCACCGUGAAGAUAUUCUUUCAGAUUGUGUGUGGAGAGGGAUGCACCCUAAGCCCACUCAGCACCACAGAGUGGUAUUUGGUGUUUACUUGCACGGCCAUUUUGCUUGCUCAACUUCCCAACCUCAAUUCAAUUGCAGGGGUUUCACUUAUUGGAGCCAUCACUGCUGUGGCUUAUUGUGCUCUCAUAUGGAUUGUAUCUAUGGUCAAAGGCACCCUCCCUCAUGUAUCCUAUGAUCCACCAAAGGGUCCAUCAGAGUUCACUAGCACUUUUUGUGUGUGCAAUGCUCUUGGCAUUAUAGCAUUUGCUUUCAGGGGUCACAAUCUUGUAUUAGAAAUACAGGGGACAAUGCCUUCGGAUGCUCAACAACCUUCCCGUUUGGCCAUGUGGAGAGGUUGCAUGUUUGCCUAUCUAAUAAUUGCCUUAUGUUUGUUUCCCCUUGCCAUCGGAGGUUAUUGGGCUUACGGAAAUUCAAUACCUCCCGACCAAGGGAUGUUGAGUGCCUUGUACAAGUUCCACCAACAUGAUACAUCAAAGUUGAUCAUCGCUUUGACAAGCUUGCUGGUUGUCAUCAACAGCCUCAGUUCCUUCCAAAUCUAUGCAAUGCCAGUGUUUGACAAUUUGGAAUCAAGGUACACAAUCAUAAAGAACAGGCCUUGCCCCAGGUGGCUAAGAAUGGCCUUGAGGGGAUUCUUUGGAUGCUUCGCCUUUUUCAUCGCCGUAGCUUUACCCUUUCUGCGAAGUUUGGCAGGUCUUAUCGGAGGCAUUGCCCUGCCUAUAACACUAGCUUACCCCUGUUUCAUGUGGGUAGAGAUUAAGAAACCAAAGAUUUAUAGCAUAAAUUGGUGUCUAAAUUGGACGCUAGGAAUACUUGGUAUGGUUCUUAGUGUAAUGGUUGUCACAGGAGCCAUUUGGAGCAUAGUGGCUCAGGGAAUAAAAUUCCACUUCUUCAAUCCACAGUAAGAACAUGAAAUGUACCACCUCCCAGGAUGCAUGGCCAAGCAUGCAGAGCUAACAUUUGGGAUGUUCCCAAUGGCCGUUACAGAUAAAUUUCGAGAAUCAUUAUACAAUCAUGGGAAAACAUCAUUCCAGA